GUUUUCUUGUCCAUGAGGGGCCAGCCAAUUGUCGCACGGUCACGUCGGUAGCGAGUGGGCGAGUAUGCACUGUAAGCUGAGACAAGGGCGGAGUCAAAAGUGUUUGCAUUGCGCCUCGUACCUGGAAAAAUUGAACGUCUCGUUUAAUUUGAGGCGAGAGGAGAAUUGGGCGGUUCUGCUUCGUUUUUCUCAUUUUUGGGUUAAUUGAGAUAUCUUUCGAAAUCAGUGAACAAAUAAGUUUGAAAGAAAAUAAAAUAACAUAAAUAAAGAGGAAGUAAGGAAGAGGGGAAAUCAGCUUAUGGCAUAGCUCAUUUCGAGCCGCACCCCCGACAAAAGUCAAAUUGACUGACUGAGGGAGUGUCGCCAUGUCGCCCAAGAUAGACAGCUCCAGGAUCGGAAGCGCGACGGCGGCAUGGUCCCGCGAUGUCCGCCCGAAUGCCGCCGGGGCGGACGGCGGUGUCACGUAUAGUCGGCGAUCGUUCUACUACGACCGCGAGUUCUCGGAUAGCAUCGUCGUCGCACGGUCGACAAAUGGGGACGAUGGGAGCCGUCUUCUCACGUCGUAUGCCUCGGACUUCUCUUAUGAACCUAGGCGCAGGUACCCGACUAGAUUACUUAAAAAGGAUGAAGACAACGAUCGAGAUGAAGAAGAGAGAAAGGCGAAUGAGUUUAUGCGUGGGCGUGUUCUGCAGUCUUCUCAAGGCAUUGUCGUGCCUAAAGAUUACUCGGGAGCGACGAGAUAUGGGCUAGAAAGUUCCCCGCCGCAAGUGGCGCCCCCGUCGCCGUCGUCUUUUUCGACUCGAUCUUCUGUUAUCGCGUCGUCGACACGGGUAGACGAGGAUGAAGAGGAAGAGGAAUUUGGUCGGGGAUUGAAAAUUGCUGGAAUCGAUGCGAAGACUAUUGCGACGGUUGCGGCGGAAAUUGUCGUGCUCGGACUCAAAGGGUAUCAGCACUAUCAGCGCUUCCAGCCACUUCGCGAGAACCGGGCAAACGGCGGCAGUAGUGAUGUGGAUGAUGGUGAGCAAAGUGGAAGCGGGUUCGAUCUAGACCCGUAUUAUCUCGAGGCUGGACCGCCCCGACGACAUCCCCAGAGACUCUCUCCGAGUCGGCAUUCUCCUGCGAGAAAAUUCUCGCGACGCCGUGUUGACGCUUCAGAGGAAGCACAAGAACAUACGAGUGACUGCGCCGACGGCGCAACUUCGAGUUCAUUGCUGCCGCCUCUGUCGGCUGCUCAGAGAGUAUGUUAUUACCUCAUUGGUGCGGUCUUAUUCGGCAUCGUAGCGAGCUUUGUUGUUGCCGUGUGGUGGGCAAGGAGUCAGGGGGAUACUUCUGCGGGAUUCACGAUCGGCGGCUAUGUUAUUGCUGUCGAUGCGCUGAUUGUGGCCAUUGGGGGCCUUGUGCAUAUACCUGGGUGUCGGUGUUGGAAGGCUUGACAAAGGAAGAGGCUGAAUUAGGGUAGAGUGUCGUUAUCAUGAGACACGAGAUGGAUGGUAUGUUGUCAUGUCUGGUAUCGAUUUUCUGCGCUGAUUUUUGCUGAUUUGAUCUCUAUCUCUCUCCUACCUGCUUUUGGGGGGGUUUUUUCUCAGGAGAAGUCAAAUAUGAGGCUCGGCUUAGAAUGGG